AUGGUUUCAAAGAAGGUGGUGGCCAGUUUGCUCUUGGUGUACGUGGUGUCUAUGCUGGCUGAACAGACCGAAGGCUUCGUGCCCUUUUUCACCCAGAGCGACUUCUGGAAAAUGCAGAAAAAGGAGAGGAACAAAGGAGGGCAGAAGAAAUCCCUGACCUCACUGCAGCAGCUGGAAGAGGAAGGCUUCCCUGAGCAAUCCGGUGCAGAUCUCAACAAGGUCAAGACCAUCCAGCUAGCUGUUCCUGUCAGAGCGGGGAUGUGGCUCACCCCAAGGCAGCUGGAAAAAUACCAAGAUGUCCUGGAGAAACUGCUAGCAGAGAUGUUACAGGACACCCCAGACGCAACAGCUCCCGCCCGGCAGCCCUCAGAGGGGCCCUCCGAGAGGACCCCUGACCUCCCCAACAUGGCGGAACCAGCGAACCUGCCUUCACAAGAUGGCGGGAGCGGUAUCCGGGAAGCAGCGCUUUCCCUCGACCUUCUCAAUAUGGCGCCUAUCCCCCCCUCCUCCCUUAUCAACAUGGCGCCGGCCCUGCGAACAGAGGAGGCCGCAUGA